AUGGCUGUUUCGCAGACAUCAGACGAGGUCCAGCUCCGAGUGCAGGAGUGGAUGCAAGCUACCUCAUAUUCUGCGGUCUCACUUACGUCGCUUACAGGAGGUCAAACCAACUUCACCUACCUCGCAAGGCUGAGGCAAGCAUUUGACGACAAAGAUGGAAACAGGGCGAUGGAAGUUAUGGUCAAACAUGGAGAGCCAUACAUGGCCCGGCAUCCCGUCAACUCCAUCGCGAUCGAGCGUUGUAACGUGGAGGCGGCUUGUCUAAAAGAGCUCGAGGCGAUGUCUCUCCGCCUGCGUAGCCAGGAGAGCUCCAGUAUCACCGUCAAAAGCCCAAGAUGCUACGUCUACGACGAGAAAACGAAGACGCAGAUUCAAGAGUAUCUGCCGAAUGUGGUACACUUGAAGAAGCACCUUCUCAAGUUCCCUCCAUCAGACACGCCCAUGGAUCUGCGUCCGCAAUACCAGAAUAUUGGUGGCGCCAUGGCUAAAUACAUUUCCAAAUUCCAUGAGCUCACGAACAGCAUCUUGGAAAGCGACGGGCCGGAUGGGGCAAGCUCAUCACUGAAGGAGGCCCUUUACAAAGACAACCAGAUGCAGAAGUUGAAGCACAUGAUCAACUACGAUUGGCUGCUCGAAAGAGUCGCCCAGUUCCCCUCGAUCCUGGGCCACAUGCGAGGCAUAUUUGAGGAAGUAAAGGGGCAGGCCUUAGAGGAGAUACGCGGGGGUACUAAGACCUUGACGGUUAUACAUGGGGACUUCUGUCCACAGAAUGUCCUGAUUCGUGACACACCACUCGCGGCCAACCUUGAUACGUCUAUAUAUGUGGUAGACUGGGAGAACGCCCAACUUGGAGUUCCAAGCAUGGAUCACGGGGAGAUGCUGGGAGAGCUAUUCGCAAUCUGGCUGUGUCAGGGGUCAGCAGCAAGCCUGUGGAUUGCGGAGGGCUACUGCAGGGGACUAGAUGACCUGUCGGAGAGCUCAGCUCUCCGAAUCGCCCUCCAGCUGGGGGUCCAUCUCGUUAGUUUUGGCACCAUUUCGCGAGAAAUGGAGACCCUUGAACAAACCCGAGAUAUUGCUCGCAUCGGUAGUGAGUCUAUUGUCAAUGCUUGGGGUAAGAAGAAGGCGUGGUUCGAGCAGAGUGAUAUAUCCUUUUUGUUCCCGACGGUUUCUGGGGAGUGA